AUAUGGGCAUUUCGAAUGGCUGGUUAUGCCAUUUGGCCUUACGAAUGCCCCGACCACUUUCCAAGCGGCUAUGACAACGGAGUUCCGACACAUGCUGGAUCGAUACGUACUUAUCUACCUCGACGACAUCCUGGUGUACAGCCGGAGUUUGGAGGAGCAUGUGGAACACCUGUGCACCGUUUUGGAGCGGCUACUACAAGCCAAGUACAAAGCCAACCGCGACAAGUGCGAAUUCGCGCGGCAGGAGCUGGAGUACUUGGGACACUAUGUGACGUCGAAAGACAUCCGUCCACUUGCGGACAAGAUCGAGGCCCUACGAGUAUGGCCCGAGCCCACCAACACCACGGACGUUCGUUCAUUCAUGGGAUUGGCGGGCUACUAUCAGCGAUUUAUCACCGAAUACUCCAGGAUUGCUGCACCUAUGACGAGGUUACAUUCGCCAAAGGUGCCAUUCGUAUUCGAUGACGACGCACGCCGGUCAUUCCAAGCACUUAAGACGGCUAUGCUCAUGGCACCCGUCCUUAGCAUCUAUGACCCCACCUUGCCGACGAGAGUGACUACGGACGCUUCCGGCUAUGGCAUUGGGGCAGUCUUGGAACAACACGACGACGACGACUGGCACCUUGUGGAGUAUUUCAGCCACAAAGUGCCUCCCAUCAACUCGCUUGAUGAUGCAAGGAAGAAGGAGCUACUCGCGUUCGCCGUAUCUUCGCCGACCUUCUCCUCCCACGACCAGCCGACAUUGACACCGCUUGCUCUCCCGCUUCCGUCCGGAAAUGGAUCAAGGGGCACCCCAAAGAGUGACGACAACGAACGAGUGGAAGCUGAUGACAUCAACAGUAAUGUGAACAAUGUAUAUGACCGGGAUCCGGACCGAGAGCCUCACCUCACGUCUGCCGCCUCUGUCAAAAGUGAUGAUGCGGAAGCCUCACAGCGGCCUGCACGCCAGGGUGGUCAUGGCCAAACAGAUGCUGAUAGUGUGCGGCCCAUAACUCCCAGCGAGGAGAUUGCCGCCCCAGCACAACACGAGGAGACGACAACAGCGCCAACGGCAAACAACAAUUCGGCCGCACCUAUCGCGCCUGCUCAGAAAUGGAACCCUGAUCCUAAAGAGAGGCUCCUUAGUGGCUUUUUUGCGGCGAAGAGUUCAGGACAACCCAUGCCGGAGAUCUCGACCAUCCGGCGGCAUGUCAGCUCGCACUGGGGUAACCAGGGUUCGCCCAACAAACACCCCUCUCCCAACAACAUGUCUCCAUCCUCUUCGUCUGCUGAAUCGACUCCCCCAGGGCUGACGUCUGAUCCUGAGCUUCCAUACGCACAAAAUACACAAGGUGUCCCGAGGAACCCUGAGGAUCGAGUAAGGACAUUUAAGAAAAGUUCUGAAAAAAGUGGAGGCGCAAAAUCAGUCGAAAGCCGGGAGAUGGAUGCAUCACGCUUGGAAAUGGAAAUUGAGGAUUUGGAAAUGUAAGAACAACGCAUAGGAAAAGUGCCCCCUGCUCCAUGGACGGGAACGAAGAAUCUGUGCU